AUGUUAUCCUAUCUUACGUCUGGCAAGAAUAAUAGUAACAAUACUAGCGAAUAUGAUUUUCUAAUUGCUAUAGAUUUUGGAACAACUUGCUCUGGUUUUGACGUAGUGAACUUAAAUGAGCCUAUACCAAAAAUUGCUAAUCCUAAUGAUGUAUUCAAUAAAGUAAAGUGCUGUAAGCGUGCCUGGAGAUCCAAAUGCAUGGAAUCCGAGAUGUUGUAUAGUCCACAUAGAAGGGCACUCGUGAAAUAUGGAAAAGAGGCUGACGAGUACCGCAGAAAAUAUCCCAGCUAUGGAUACGAUUAUGUGUCCAAAGUCAAACUACUACUAGACAAAACUAUCCAAAACGAGUGUCGUCCUUCUAUACCAUCAGAUAUGACUCCAUUGACAAUCAUUGCUGAUUUUUUGGAGAAAAUAUACAAAUAUAUCAAAAAGGAUAUAUACAAAGUAUAUCCUAAAUAUUACACCUCCAAGUAUAGAUACUGUUUGACAGUCCCGACAAUGUGGACUGAUGAAUCAAGAGAUCUCAUGAGAAAAGCUGCUGUCAAGGCAGGUCUUAUCUCAGAACAUGAUGAGCCUGACAGACUGUUCAUUGUCGAUGAAGCUGUGGCGGCUGCCUUGUAUGCUGAGCGUAACACAUCCGGUCCAAAACUCACGGACGGCCAGAGUUAUAUGAUCUGUGAUGCCGGUGGUGGAACCGUAGACAUUGCUGUAUUUGAAAAGAAUGUUUUGUCGGAGAAAACCUGUUACAAAGAGAUUACCAUAGGAACCGGCCGUUCUUGUGGAUCAACUUUCUUGGAUGGAAGAUUCAAAGCCUUGAUGGAAGACAAUCUAUAUCGGUACCCAGAAUAUAGUGAAGAAGAUAUAGAACCCGCUUUAUAUAAAUUUACCAAUAAUAUAAAGAAACGCUUGAGUGAUCCUGUAUCCAAGUUCGAGCCUGAGACGAGAGAGAUGCGUAACGAUAAACAUAAUGGCCCCACAUUUGCAGGCGAGUUUUCAUAUGAUGAAAUUCGUGAAGAAGUGUUUGAUCCAGUAGUAAGGGAAGUCCUUGAGAUUAUCGAAAAACAAUUUUCACAGCUGGGAGAAAGAAGACUAGAUGUCAUGUUUAUUACCGGGGGAUUUGGAAGCUCGCCAUACCUUCAACACCGGAUCAAGGAAACCUUUAAGGAUCGAGUCAAACAUUUUGAGGUUGUCAGAUUUGGAACACUGGCUGUAAUGGAAGGAGCGCUUCUGUACGGCAUCGACCGAAAUAUAGUCACUCAACAUGCCUCUCGCCGUACAUAUGGUAUCAUGUUAUGCACACCGUCUCAAGCUUUCAGUAACCCAGGGCCAUCAAAGUGUAAAUUCGAUGUGUGCAUCACUAAAGGUGAUCCUAUCUUAAAGGAUAAAUGGAUCUCUAAAGAAUUAAAUUUGGAAAACAAUCAGUAUUCUACUAUGUCUGUGUUUGCAUAUGAUGGCGACGAUCCAAUUCCCGAGUAUCCUACUGAAGAAGAGGUUAAUCCAGUGGCUAUUUAUAACAUUGGAUUUAAGUUUGGAGAUGGAGAAAGCGGUUUGAAUAAGAACCUGGAAAUUAAAAUGCGAUUUGGUCUGGACAGGGUUGAGGUCAAGGCGGCUGUUGCAGCCAAAGCUUUCCGUUAUAAAACACUAUUGGACGUUAGUGGGGAAAUUACUGAGCUGCCUUUCUUAAAUCCCGAACCAGUAAUUGUAGAUACAUCUUCCGAUUUCCUUUACUGAUGUAACCAGCUGUAGACCAGAUGAAUUUGUUCUAAAUAAGAAUAUAUUUGUACUUUUUUUUUUAAGAAAAUAAAUCAAUUUGAUUGGGCGAGCCUG